AUGAAGUCAAUUGUGGCUACACUGACAUGCUUGCUUUUGCUCAUGAGAUCAGUCCAUGCUCUUCCGCAUAAGGGCAAUGGGAAAGGUGGACAUUUCGGAAGUGGAAAUCAUCCUGGAGACAGCCACAAGGGGGGCCAUCCUUCAAAGAGAGACUAUGCCACAGUUUCUAAUGUCACCAUCUUCACCCCGGACUCAGACUUCACGCUCCCUGGAGUCUAUUAUGCCAGGUCCCUGGAACUUGCGGACGGCACGGUAUUGGCAACUUGGGAGAACUAUAGUCCUGAGCCACCACUUGUGUCGUUCCCCAUCUUUAAGUCCACUGAUGGGGGUGCGACCUGGACCCACAUCUCCAAUGUGACUGACCAGGUCAACAGCUGGGGUCUGAGAUACCAACCUUUCCUAUAUCUCCUGGAAGAACAAGUUGGAGAGUAUGCACCAGGAACGAUCCUGCUAGCUGGUAAUUCCAUCCCCACUGAUCUGAACUACACUAAGAUUGAUGUCUAUGCCAGCAAGGAUAAUGGAUACACUUGGGAAUUUGUAUCCAAUGUUGCUUCGGGAGGCAGGGCUGUUCCUGAUAAUGGACUGACCCCAAUAUGGGAGCCUUUCAUUAUCACAUACAAUGGUGAGAUCGUUCUGUACUACUCUGACCAGGGAGACUCGGCUCAUGGUCAAAUCCUGGUCCAUAAGACUUCCACCGAUUUGCUAAGUUGGAGCAGUUCAGUGGUUGAUGCUGAAUACUACGAUUAUUAUGCUCGUCCAGGAAUGACCACAGUUGCGAAAUUGCCCAACGGAAAGUACAUCAUGACAUAUGAGUAUGGUGGAGCUCCUGGCUACUCGUCGUACACAUUUGCGGUAUAUUACCACAUUGCGGACGACCCCAGACAAUUCAACAGCUCCGCUUCAGUUCCGUUAGUUGCAACAAACGGAGACAAACCAUCGUCGUCACCUUAUGUUAUUUGGACUGAACAUGGCGGAGAAAAUGGUACCAUUGUGGUGAAUUCUCAGUCCCACAGUGGCAUCUACAUCAAUAAGGCUCUUGGCGACCCCGACUCUUGGGAGUAUGUUGAUUUGGAUGCGCCAAGAGCUUACACUCGUGACUUGAAUGUUAUCGGCGGGGACAAGCUGGUUGUUCUUGGGGCUGGUGCCGGUAGCAGCGUUUUGAACCAUGUGACAUAUUAUACUUACUGGUUGAAGGAUCUGUUCUAG